AGACCGGAGAGCUGCCCCACCCCGGACCUGAGCGCUGAAGACGACUGGUAGUUUCGCUUCGCACAGCUAACAGCUCUCUUUGGAAUUCGUCCCAAUAAACCUCAAAGCAUUCAAUCGUAGAGGACCCCAGCAGCUCGUCGGUCCGAUUUUCAUCGUACCGUGUCGAGAAUUUCUGAAGUAGUGACAGCUCGAGAGGAAGAUGUUCAUGGGGCAUACUGAAGGUCUUUCGGAGCGCAGUGCAUCAGUGGAGAGGCUGCUACCUGAUCGUGACUCUGAAAUAGAUGAUGAUGGAGGGUCUGAUUCUUCUGAACCUAUACUUUACACUGCCUCUUUUGAAGAGCUUGCCCAGAAUCACAUCAAGUAUGAUACAAUUAUAUGGUUAUCCAUAUCCCUGCUUCUUGUAUUAGCAUGGGGAGUGGGUAUCAUUAUGCUGCUAUAUCUGCCCUUCAGAAGACAUGUCCUUCAGAAGGAUGUUUCCUCGCGCAAGCUAUAUGUUACGCCCACUAAAAUAGUAUACAAGGUCUCAAGACCCUCAUUCAUACCCUUUUACGGUUGGCUGACAAUUGAGAAGCAAGUGCCUCUUUCCUUGGUGAUUGAUAUCAUUAUUGAACAAGGUUGGCUGCAGUCUAUUUAUGGAAUUCAUACCUUCAGAGUUGAAAGCAUAGCUCUUGGGAAGGCUGCCCCGGUGGAUGAACUACAGGUGCAAGGGGUUUCAGAUCCUGGGAUGCUGAGGAAGAUCAUCAUAACAGAAGCUUCUAAGGUCAUACAAGCUGGUAAAGGUUGGAAAGCUGCUGGUAUCACCGGUGAAGGGGACACUGUGGCUCGUAUGGCAUCAAUAAAUGAGGGACCAGUUUUCCUGAGAUCACCAUCUAAAAGUCUGAAGAUGACUGCUUCCCCACGCUAUACGUCAAUCGAACGUAGGGCUGCUGGGGUACCUGGAGAGCUGCUGUUGAGUAAACUCGAUGAAGUUAGUAAAUCCGUCAAGAAAAUUGAGUCACUGAUCGAGAAGUCCCAGCUUGGUCCUAAGGAGUAGCUUAACUGAGCGUAGGUGAUCCAUCUGGUCAUCCUCGAGUUUCAACUGCAGAGUUGACAGAUACCGCGGGGCCAAAGAGUCUAUAGUUUUUGCCCAUCAUUUAAUUUUUCCGUAGCAACAGUGGAAUAGCCACACAGUAUGUUGUAUAACUUUGCCCAUCAUCCCACUUUUUCAUUUCACAGAAACUAAUUUUGAUCGUAUCUUCUUCUUUGGUGUAAUUCUUUUUUUAGCGAGCAUCGCAUUGGCAUUAUCUGUAUCUCAAUGUAAAGUGCCAUCGAAAGCCUUCCUCAAUUUGUUGUUCCAGCGAGGGAGAGGCUCGCUGCAUAGUUCUGCACCAUGUCCAUGAUUUUCAAUGGAUUGAAUUUGUGGUUUAUGACCACCCCAUGUAAUGUCCAAAAACUGUAUGGAACUUGAAUUUGCCUUUUUGUGCAAAUCACUGGUGCAUCUUCAUAGCAUUGCAGCUUGAAUGAAUGCAUUGAGAAAGUGUGACUGGACA